AUGGAGCAGACCAUUGAAAAGCUGGUCCAGAAGGUGGAUUCCGGGCGAUGUGUGGGGAUCGAGGUCACCAAUGACACGAACAUGGUGUUUCGCUCCCCCAGGACCUACUGCUUCAGCGGCCACAACCACACCCCGCCAACUCCCCUCAUCCCUCCUGCUGCCAAGGGGCACUGCGUCUUCGUGAAAAGAAACUUCUCCCUCCGGGGAAGCGUGGGGCUCUUGGUGUACGAGAUCGAAGACCACACCCUGGCCGUCAUGUUCUCCAACCCCUUCGACUACAACCUCUACAAGAUGGAGUUCGCCGUGGCCCUCUCCAGCUAUAGCGAAGGGACCCAGGACCUGAAGGCCCUGUUCGAUCUCCUCUACCAGGAAACGGAGAAGACGUGGCUGGUGGUGGCCAAGGAGAAGCUCUGUGAAUCCCAGCUUCCCCUGGUCCUGCGGGCGGGGCGGCUCAUGGUCACGGCCACCAUGUCCAACAACGUCAAGGCCAUCCUCAAGGUUCACGUCGAGGCCGACGACUUUUAA